GGAGUAUCUGCCCAACUCCACAUGGACACCCGGCUCCCAAUACUACAAUUACACGCUAACUGGCGGCUGGAGGAAGGAGCCGGCGCCGUUUGUCCUCUCCAUCAUCACGGCUAUUUAUUCGAUCGUUUUUGUGGUGGGCUUAGGGGGAAACUGUCUGGUAAUGUAUGUGAUCAUCAGACACACCAAGAUGAAGACGGCCACCAACAUCUACAUCUUCAACCUGGCGGUGGCAGAUGCUCUGGUCACCACCACCAUGCCCUUCCAGAGCACGGAUUACCUCCUGGACUCGUGGCCCUUCGGUGAGGUGGUUUGCAAGGUGUUCAUCUCCAUCGACUACUACAACAUGUUCACCAGCAUCUUCACACUCACCAUGAUGAGUGUGGAUCGCUACAUCGCCGUCUGCCACCCCGUGAAGGCUCUGGACUUCCGGACCCCAGCCAAGGCCAAGAUAAUCAACGUCUGUAUCUGGGUUCUUUCUUCUGUGGCUGGUGUACCAGCCUUGAUCCUCGGAAGCACUCAGUCUAACAAUGGAACGACAGAGUGCGCACUGCAGUUCCCAGAUCCCUACCUGUACUGGGACACCCUGAUGCGCAUCUGCGUGUUCGCUGUGGGCUUUGUGCUGCCCGUCUUCGUCAUCAGCGCCUGCUACAGCCUGAUGGUGCUGCGUCUGCGCAGAGUCCGGCUGUCGUCGGGCUCCAGGGACCGGGACCGCGGCCUGAGGCGAAUCACGCGCAUGGUCAUGGUGCUGGUGGCCGUCUUCGUCGUGUGCUGGACGCCCAUCCACAUCUUCAUCCUGGUGCGGGCUCUGGGCAGCGUGUCCGACUCCCCCCAUGUUACCGCUGCCUACUUCUUCUGCGUCGCCCUGGGAUACGGCAACAGCAGCCUCAACCCCGUGCUCUAUGCAUUCCUGGACGAGAACUUCAAGAGGUGCUUCAAAGACUUCUGCCGCCCUUGCCGAGUGAGGACGGGCCAGGAGAAAGGGGUACAGUUGAGGAAAGCCUCCCGUGUCGCUGCGUGCCCCCUGGUGGACAAGGAGAGAACUGUCAAGCCCACAUGACUAGCAGUGGAGCCUCGGUCAGUCCCCCAGAAAGAAGCCGAGCACUCCAACGAGACUGGGACAACGCAGGUUACCACCGCUGUGUGACGUAGGUAUAUUGAGGUAUGUGAAUGAAAUACCACAGUCUCCAUACUUCUGAGCAAACCCCAAGCAGAGGGAGGAAACAUGGUCUUUUGAUUUUCCAUUUCUAUUGCUCCAUUACAUUUACAUAGAUCAUAAAACAUUCAUAUCUGUCUUGAAUAUAUACCAUUAAGUCAAUGAAAGAGUGAAAAUUUUACUUGUUCAGAUAAAGACAAAUUAAAACAUGAGGUAAAAGGGUUGGAAUAGGACAAUAAAUCCAUGAAAAUACUGGCUGGGAUCGUGCAUUCCAUUCAAAGAAGUGCAUUAAGAGUCGUUAUUCGGGCCUCUCUGUCAAGAAUCCCGGAGGCAAGCACUCCAACACUGUUUGCUAAGGUUUCUCCUCUCAAGUGUCCUUUGAUGUCAUCUGACAGGCUUGGUUGUGAGUGCUUUGCCAAAAAGCCAGAAAAAGGUUUUCACACUGAGUAUUUUAUCAUAAUGUAAAAGGUUAUGGAAAUACAUGGCUGAUAACAUGCUUUGAAACGUGUUAACACGUUUUCCUGCAGGACCGUCCAAAUAUACGGCCUCUCCCUCGGUCCACGAUCCAAGGUGUACACUAGCUCAGGUCGGGACACAGUAUUUCUUUUGCUUAGAACAAAGUUUCCCAAUAACCCGGUCCACAUUUUUGCUCCCUUCCAGCACCUGCCAUACAGUCUGGGAGCUGGGAGGGAGCAAAAACAUGGACUGUCUGUGGGUCCCUGAGGACUAGAUGGGGAAACAUUGACCAUGUUAUUCGUCUCAAAGACUUUGAUUAUAAAAUCCCUGCAUGUUUAUUAAGUCAUCUAAAACUAUAUUUGUCGUAUUGGCUUUUGCUGAGGAUGUAAUAUCUGUGAUGUACUUGUUAACUCAUGAAGAUGAGGUAAACUCAAAGGUGAUUGCCAAUAGUGGUGCUCUUAGUAACUGUAACGUAUUUGGAAGUGGAAAAAAGUGGAACAAACGAUAACAAUAAACGUUGUUAUGCUUUUAUUUAUACUCAUUGUCACCACGGAACAUUUUGAGGGAAGAGCCUUAUUAUUGUGAUAUUGUGUAUCUUUGCCAUUUUCGCUGUGGUUUCUGGGUGGCUGGCUGUUGAUGCCCUCUACUGGUGACGCAUUGCCACUACUUAGAAAGUCUCGCGCAACGUGUUUUAAUACGACUGUUUUAAUUUAAAACAUGCAAACUGAGUCUGUUUUGACAUUUGUUGUUGUCUGACUUUAGAACAAUGUGUAAACAAAGAUGUACCGUGACAUUAUAGAAUACACCUAUACCGCUACUGUAAUUUAACACCAUUCAUAAUGUCAUAGUAUUGCAGAAUUUUCUUAAAUAGUUUAUGAUGCUUUGGUAUUGGGUAGAUCAGUUAACGUUUGAUGUAAGUGAUAACUGUUCAUUUGAAAACUCACAGAACUACUAAGCUUUACCUGUAAAAUAUUACAUUCUGCUCAGUACGUUGUGUAUGUUCCUUGAUGCCACUGUAUAAUACAUAUAACGAUGUAAUUUAUUUUAGUUAAAAUUUUAUUUCAAUAAAUCGACUGUUUAAAAUCCAAUAAAAGGCGUCAAUUUAAAGUUAUUCCCCACUUCCCACCGUGAAUUAAGACAUCUCCCAACGUUUAAUUACCAUUGCUGCCAUCGCGACAGACUGAUUACCAUAAA